AUGCACGGCCGCGGUCAGAGGAACCCUCUCGGGUGGGUGCUAGGUCGCAAGAAGCAGCCGUCCACGACCGGCGGGUCGCACGUGCAUGUCCAGGGAAGCGGGCACGGCGCGGAGGGCGCGUCGCCGCCGCCUGUGCGCGUGCCCCGCAGCAGUGAGAAGGCACAGCGACAGACAUCGCUCGAGUCCAGCGGGACGGCGCCGUCCCUGGACGCCAUGUCGCACGAGUGGAUGAGGCGAGCCGAGGACGUGCCGGGAGUCUACCCAGAUCUGGACGAUUCGCCGCUGUUCCGCUGCGCAACCGACCGCCUUGUAGAGAGUAUCGACCUGCACUCCUCCGCGUGCGUCCAGCUGGCAAAGGGCUGUGCGAAAUACCGCGAGGGCCUCGCAGCGGCGCGAGAAGGCCUGCAGUGCCUCUCGCAGGCGCUGCUCGCGUUCGACUCGGUCGUGGGCGUCGACCGCGCGCUCGCCGCCGGCGCCGGAAUGUCCAUGCCGUCCGGAAACGGGAGCGAGGGCGGCGGGCAACCACCGGCGUUGGUCAAGCCGCUCUGCGUGGCGCUGAAGAGGAUCGCGACGCACCACGAGCUGCUCAUGACGCAGAUGGACAUCGUCGUCAGCGGCGCGAUGGAGGGCAUGGGCAAGCACGUGCAGGAUGACGUCAGGCCUCGGAUCCGGAGAAUGGAGCGCCACCAGGCCGAGUACGUCCGUGCUUCAGAGCGUCACAUGCAACUGAAGGCGUCCACGAAGAGCGACGUGCUCCAGCAGGCCGCUGCCGAGACCGAGGCGGCCCGGAGCGAGUACGACAAGGCGCGGUUCGACCUCGCGCGCUCCCUCUCGCACAUGCAUCUCCAGCGAUCCCACGUCGCGCUAGAAAGCGUCGCCGCCUGCGCGGACGCGCACCUGCGGCUCUUCCGCCAGGGCUCCAGCGAGCUCGCGGGCCUCGGCGACGUCGUCCAGGCCUCGAUGCGCGCCGUCGACGCCCUCAAGGGCCGCGAGCGAGGACAAAUGGCGCUGUUAGACAACAGGAUCGUCAGCUACAAGGAGGCCCGCCUGCCUGACGCGGGGAUCGCGGCCGCGCAGCGCGUGGGGUCGGGCGGCGCGUCGAGCGGGCCGGGCACGCCGAAGAAGGGCAGCGCGUCGCUGGCGGCCGCGACGAGCUCCGCGCUCUCGAGCAGCCACGUGGACUCGGCGUCCGCGACGUACGCCGGCGCGGAGGUGGCCAAGCAGGGCUGGAUGAUGAAGCUGUCGACGGGCGGGCGCUCCGGGUGGAAGCGGCGGUUCUUCAUCCUGGACCGCAGCGGCCACCUCUUUUAUUACGGAAGCACGAAGGACCAGUCGGCGAUGACGAAGAUCGCGGCAGACAUGCAGCACGUCGCAGCGCACGCGAUCGCGAAGCUCCCGGGCCUCCCAGGGAACUCCCCCGCCCCGAUGGGGGGACUGAAGCCCACGGGGACGCUGGACCUGCGCACGUCCACGAUCAAGCUGGGCGCCGAGGACCCGCAGCUGCGCAUGUGCUUCCGGAUCGUGUCGCCGAGCAAGACGGUGACGCUCCAGGCGGAGUCCGAGGCGGACCAGGCUGCGUGGGUCGUCGCGAUCCGGUCCUCCAUCGAACGCUUGCUGACAGCGACGGCGGCGCGCGACGCCGGCGUGCCGGCGCCGGCCGCGCUGCACGGAGGCUUCGUUCCGCCUGUGCUUGCUUCGCCGGGCCGGGUGGGCGAGUUGCGGCAGAGCACGCGCCACACGCGGCAUUUGUCGAUGGAGGAGGCAGUUGCGUCCCCGAUGUCUCCGACGCGGCAGGAAGAGAUCGGGCAGGUGCACACGAUGGCGCUCGUGGACGCCGCGACGCCGCCAGUGCGGCACCGCCUCGAGCGGUGCACCGCGACGGGCCUCGUCGACGCCAGGAGCGACGGCGCGGCGCUGGCGGUCGCGGACGCGGCGGCCGGCGCCGGGGACAGCCGGCACAUCCUGGACGCGCUGCGCGAAGUCCCCGGGAACGACGCGUGCGCGGACUGCGGCGCGCCGGCGCCCGAGUGGGCCUCGCUGAACCUCGGCUGCCUCAUUUGUAUUUCCUGUUCGGGCGCGCACCGGCAGCUCGGCGUGCACGUGUCCAAGGUGCGCAGCCUCACGCUGGACGUCAACGUCUGGCGGGGCACGGUCCGGCGGCUCUUCCUGCGCAUGGGCAACCGGCGCGUGAACGGGGUGUGGGAGGCGGCGGCAGGCGGCCUGCCCCACGGCCCGGGCCCGGGCGCGGACCCGGGGGCGAUCCGGGCGCACAUUGAGCGGAAGUACGUGAAGAAGGAGUUCUUGGGGCCCUGGGGGCGGCAGGAGCCGCCGAGCGACGCUCUGGUUGCUGCCGUGGACGGAGAUGACUUAGUCGGGGUGACGCGGGCGAUCGCGCACGGGGCGGACGUGAACGGUCCGAUCAGCGGGAGGAGGGCCGCGGAGAUCGCGGCGCAGGCGGCGCGCUGCGCGGGCCAGUCGGACGACGACCUCGCGUCGCUGCGGCUGGGCAGCCCCGGCGCGUCGGCGUGUUGCACGCCGCUGCACCUGUGCGCGGCCGUGGGGGGCUCCGCGGAGAUGGCGGAGCUGCUGGUGCAGAGUGGGGCGGACCCGAACCGCGGGGACCUCUUCGCGCGCACGCCGUUGCACUACGCUGCGCUGGCGGGCAGUGCGCAUGUCGCGGGGGUGUUGUGCCAUCACGGGGCGGAGCGGCAGAUCCAGGACGCCACGGGACUGAGCGCGCGCGACUGCGCGGCGCGGAAGUCGCGCGGCAACCCGGAGAUCGCGCGCCUGUUCGGCCUCGACGCGCGAUGA